CAGAGGCUGCCUGGAAGUUGUCAGUGGUGGGGAAGGACAUGCAGACAUGCAGCAGUUGUGUAGGAAAAACAGUGGAUAUAGCAAAGUCAAGCAGCCAGAUGUUGCUCCCAACUGAAUGCAAGUUAACACUGAAUGCAGGCCUAACACACAAUGGGACGUUUGGUGGCUGAGCUUUUUCUGUUCCUGCUGAUUUCCACAGGACAAGUUAAUGCAGUGUCUUUCUAUGGCGAUGGCUACAUCCACCUGCGGACAGUGGAAUCAUCAUUUCAGAACUUGCUCCACGUCCGAUUUAGAACCUCCAGUCAGGCCGGGUUGCUGUUUCUGGCAGCAGGACACAGAGACUUCUUGCUGCUGGAGCUGAUAUCUGGCCAUCUGCAGGUACGUUUGGACCUAGGCUCAGGUGAGCAUUUACUACGCUCACAAAAGGGCAUUAACCUUAGUGACCUGGGGUGGCACUCUAUGGAGCUGAUCCAUGACCAACAUAAUGUCACCAUGACUGUGGACCAAAACUCUGUCACCACUCUCCAUAUGCCAGGACCAGAUGUGGAACUCCGCGUUGAGGUUGGACUUUUUGUCGGUGGAGCAGUUGGUCUGAACUACCCCUUUCUACUCAACAUCUCCACUGGGUUUAGAGGCUGUGUGGAUGAAGUGGUGUUCAAUGAACACAACCUACUGUCCAGCUUGAGACGGUAUUCUGGGUAUAAGAGUGUCCAUGAGGUAUCUUUAGGGUGUAAUAUGCAGUUUUCUGCCACAGAAGAAGAACCAAUUAGUUUUUUCAGCUCCAAAGCCUUCAUGUCAAUCCCACCAUGGGAGGUACCACAAGAAGGAGUGUUUGAAUGUGAACUUCACCCAUCUGCAAGACAAGAUAAUGGUAUGGUCCUAUAUAGCUCUGGCAACCAGGGAGUGUUUGUUGCCAUAGAGAUUAUAGAAGGUCACCUGGUGGCAACAAUUGGACAUGGAGAGGGGAGUAAAGUCGAGCUUCGAUCCCUAACGAAUGUCUUCAGCAAUCACACCUGGUACUCUAUCAAGCUUCACCUGCUACCCCACAGCAUCCAGAUUAAGCUAGACAAGGAGUUAAUCAAGACUAAUUCAAGUCUGGAGCUACAAAUCAUCCAACUCGAAGGGCCUCUUUUUCUAGGAGGACUAAACGAAGAAGCACGUGGAGAGGCAGCGCAAGCUGGUUUGCUCUCUGCCUCGUCAGGAGGAGGAGGAGGCUCCUUUAAAGGCUGCCUUCGGGAAAUAAGGGUGAACAAUCAAAGAACAGGCCUCCCCCAUGCUGUUGUCACUAAGGACAUCACUGUGGGCUGUCGGGUGGGACAAGCCAUUGUGGUGGUGACCCCCAACAGCUCAACAAUUAGUCCAGAGUUUAAUAUUACAACCCCAAAGCCAACGAUCAAUAAUAAGAGGAACCCUAACUUUUUGUUUCUGAGAAAGCUAGAGGUAGAAGAGGGAGGCCGGGCACCACUGGAACCCAAACACAUCAAGGUUAAUCUGGAUUUCCGUAAAUUAGGCAUCCAUCCUUCCCAGUUUAAGUUCCACAUUGAGGAACAGCCUGUUCAUGGCCAGCUCCAGCUGGACCUCAGUCCAGACGCUGAUGGAAUACAAGAUGAGGGCAAAGAGGGGACUAUCGCAUUAGGAACAGAAGAGAAGGACAGGACUUUCAGUAUGCUUGACCUAUGGCAGGGCCGGGUGAUGUAUGUUCACAGUGGAUCAGAGGACCAGAGUGACUUCUUCAUCUUUUCAGUGUUCUCCACUAAGAAGCAGCCUCCUGGGCUUCAGAGGGGCAUACGUCUGCAUCGGUUUGAUAUCAUCAUUAGCCCUGUAAAUGAUGCACCAGUGCUCAGCCUCCCAGAGGGCAAUCAUUUUACUCUGCUGGAGAAGUCCAAGCGACAGCUGACAGCAGAUAUGUUGAGAGUGCUGGAUCCUGACAGCAGUCCUGCAGAGCUGUUGUUCAGCUCCCUUGGAGACCUCCACGCUGAGGCCGGACACCUUGAGCAUGAGGAUUACCCACAUAGAGCCAUUAACCUGUUCUCCCUACAUGACCUGGAGGAUGGUAAGAUCAGCUUUGUCCACAGUGGGGUCUCCACCGCUAGAUUGCCACUCAGGGUCAGUGAUGGGCAGAAGUCAAGCAACACAGUCAUUUUGCGGAUCAUGGCAGUGCCACUUGAACACAAACUGGUGAACAACACAGGAUUGGAGGUAAAUCAAGGCGAGGCCUCUAUCAUCACAACCAGCCAUCUUGCAGUACAAGUUAAUGUGUCUGGCCAAGCAGUGGAAAUUCGAUAUGACAUGACAGAGUCCCCGCAAUACGGCGAGCUCCAGCGGUUACACUCGAGUGGCGAGUGGAAAGUGACAACUUCGUUCUCUCAGAAACUUCUAGAAAAAGAACGUAUCAGAUACCUCAGCACUUACCGAGGCCUUCAGACCCAGAACAACAUCACGGAUCAGUUCAAAUGCAAAGUCAGCAUUAAUUCCAAUGCUACUGAGGAGGUUGUUUUCCCUGUUAUGGUACGCUGGAUCCACUUCAAGGUCACACGAAGCAAAAUGGAGGUCAACAGUGUUCAGCCAGCUGUUGUGACCCCUGAGAACCUCCAUGUUGUUUCAAAGGGGGUUAGGCUCAAUGAGAGCAACCUCCACUUCAUACUUCUCACUGCGCCAAAGAAAGGUCGACUACUCCUUGAAGACAAAGUUCUUCUCAAGAAUUCAACCUUCAGCCAGAAAAAUAUCACAGACAGUUUGGUGAAGUACGAGCUGUACAACAGGCUAAUCGACGACACAAGAGACACAUUCCGCUUUCGGGUCUUUUCAGCACACGCCAGCUCGACAAGUUACGACUUCAGAAUCAACAUCAAAAAUGAGUCGACGGCCAUCACCAUCGUAAACGAAGGCCUUACGAUACUCGAAGGAGGGAGUAAAGUCAUUACUAAAGACAUCCUCUUCACCAACACCGCAAGUAACCGUGAAGUCAAGUACACCGUCACGAAGAGCCCCAUGCAUGGACAGAUAAGGAAGAUCAACCUCUCCAACUCAUCCUCCAUCAACGACAAUGUGGUACUCUUCACAAACCGGGAUAUUAUGGAGGAGAGGAUCAUGUACGUUCAUGAUGACAGCGAAACCAAGCAGGAUUCCUUUACAUUUCAAAUCAUGGUGCACAAACCACAUAAACACACCAGCAAGAAAGAGGAGCGACACACUGCAGAGCAGGCCUUUAACAUCUCAGUGCAGCUUGUCAAUGAUCAGAGACCUGCGAGGGUCGUCGAUAAAGUUUUCCACGUGGCCCGCGAUAGCCAGAGACUGGUGACGUUGAAGGACAUUUGCUACAGGGACGAUGAUUCCGACUUUGAGGACAGCUGGUUGGUGUACACUCGAAGGGGGAUUCCCAUGGGAGACCUGGUGCUGGCCAGUAAUCCCAAUCACAAACUGUACGAGUUUACACAGCGGGACCUUGAGCAGAAAAAGGUGUUAUUUGUCCACAGAGGAGUGAGUUUCGGGCGUUUUGUGCUUUUUGUUUCGGAUGGGAAACAUUAUGUGUCCACUCUGCUGGAGGUGAUGGCCCAGGAUCCUUACCUGCAAGUGGAGAACAACACCGGCCUCUUGGUACAGCAAGGUGGUGUCACGACCUUGACCUCCGCUAACCUCAGCAUCUUCAGCAACCUUGACAUCCGAGACCCGGAGGAAGUGACGUUCGACGUCUUCCGUCCGCCUAAACACGGUUUCCUCUGCUUCAAUGACGGCGACUGUGACACUGCAAAAGGAGCAGAUGCAAUUAAAAGCUUCACCCAGCGGGACCUGGUGGAAGGGCGUUUGGCAUAUCGCCACGACGGCAGCCAGGAAUUGUCAGAUUGGUUCAAUGUGACGGCACGAGCAGGGGAAAAGAGCACAGAUAGGCGAGUGGACAGAGGGAGGAGGGAGGUCCAAGUGGACGUUGGAGUGCUGGUAAAGAUGUACCUGGAGAGUCAUCAGAGGGAGCCAACGGUCAUAAGUAACCGUCCAGUUGUGGUGCCAGAAGGACAGAAUGUUUCCAUCAGCAGGGAACAUUUAGAGGUGGUCCAUGAGGACAGCCAACCUUCUGAGAUAAUUUUUUCUGUACAAAGUCCUCCCGCCCUGGGCUUUCUUCAGAGAUCCUUCCCCUUCAACCAGCACCAGAUCGUCCAUAGAGAACAGCAGUUCUCUCAGGGCAUCAGAGAGCAGCAGAUGACCUUCACCCAGAAUGACGUGAACCAGGGAUUGAUUGUCUAUCAUCAACAGGCCACAGGAAGCACCAAUGACUCUGUUCUGUUGGAGGCAACCAAUGGAGUCACAAAGGUUGGACCCAUUGUGCUGGAGAUCGAUAUUAUUCCCAUCCUGCUCCCUCUACAGGUGUCUGAUUUGAUGCUUGACGAGGGGUCAUCCCUGCCACUCACCAGUGACAUCAUCAAGGUCGCCAAUCACCACUUCUCAGGCAUGAACUUCCUGUAUCAAGUCCUCGUCCCACCACGGCAUGGACACCUGGAGCACAGCCGGAUACCGGGGAUGCCCAUCACUGCUUUCACACACACUGAGGUGGAACGCAAGUACAUCUCCUACAUCCAUGAUGGCAGCGACACACAGGGAGACAACUUCACUAUUGUUGCCAAUCAGACGGAAAUCAGCAAACACAGUUUGCCCUGCACAGUUCACAUCAGCAUCACGCCGGUCAAUGACGAGUCUCCUGUCGUUACAAACAACCGGGGUCUGAAGGUGUGGGUGGGUUCGGUGACUGAAAUCACCUUAGAAGAUCUUAGUGCAGAGGACCCUGACACUCCCUCUGAGGGGCUGGAGUUUGUGGUCACACCACCCAGCAACGGGCACCUGGCUCUGAAGAGCGCCCCCUCCAGACACAUCCUGAACUUCACCCAGAGUCACAUACAAAGUGGACAACUGGUGUUUGUGCACAGUGGUGCGUUGACUGGAGGCUUUCACUUCCAGGUAAAUGAUGGUGUCAACUUUGCCCCUCGUCAGAUCUUUAGCACCACUGCACGAUCUCUGGUCCUCACUCUGCAGAGAAACCAUCCAAUGGAGGUCUACCCAGGCUCUGUGACGCCGAUCUCCGAGCAGGAGCUUCAGGUGGUAACCAGCGGCGACAGCGAUAACAGAAGGAACCACUCUGUGGUGUUUGCAGUGACCGCUCCUCCUAAACUCGGCCGCCUGCUCCGUCGUAUGCCUGACAACUCAACGCAAAACAUUUCCACAUUCACACAAAGCAUGGUGAAUGAUGGGGUUAUCCUGUACGGGCAGAACAAGCCAGAGACAGUCGGAUGGUCGGCUGAUGAUUCCUUCUCUUUCACCGUGUCCUCUCCUCCUGCUUUCCUUCCUCCACACACCUUCACCAUCUUAAUCUCCUUCCUGGCUAACAAACAUCAUGACAACCCUCAACACAACACCAGACUACUGAACAAUGCAGGUGCUGUGGUGGCAGAGGGGGGCAGGGUUACGAUUGACAGGUCCAAACUCGAUGCCUCCAAUCUCCUGGGGAAAGUCCCAGAGCCUCGACGGAAAGACACUCACAUCCUGUACCGUGUCGUUUCUCUGCCACAGCAUGGAGCCCUGUCCAUACGAGGAUAUAAUAUCACCAGAGACACACCAGAUUUCACACAGAUCACCCUGAAUAAGUUCGGCGUCACCUAUGUCCACGACGACUCUGAGACGACAAGCGACAGCUUCACGUUCCAGGCUUGGGUGGCUCCUCUGGAUCGCUCCUCCUCCUCUUCCUUAUCCUCUUCCUCUUCCUCCUCAACGUCCUUGUCUGCGUCUUCCUCUCGUUCCUUCUCCGGCCCGUACUCCUUCUCCCCUCUCUAUUCAGCCUCGUCGUCCACCUUUUCGUCGCCAGACACGGCUUCUCGUCCCCAAAUCAAAGACGGCCUGGUGGUGACGGAGACGUUCAACAUCACCGUGACGCCAGUCAACGAUCAGCCACCGCUUAUCAGGAGCAGAUCCCCGAGUAUGAAGGUGGUGAUUGGGGAGAGAGUCAUACUUGGCCCGGACUAUUUGCAGGUUGAGGAUCACGACACGCCUCCAGAGGAGCUGCACUACCUUGUGAUCAGUCAACCCAACAAUGGUUACCUUACGCUGGGCGAAAGACCAGAGACUGUGACGUCCUUCACCCAGUAUGACGUCAACCAUGGGCGGCUGCAUUUCAUACAGCAGGGCGAGGCCUCGACAGGUGUCAUCUACUUCAAUGUCACUGACGGCCAUCACCGCCCCCUCUACAAACUCUUCACUUUGGAGGUGAUCAAGCCAUCUGUCUCCAUCGUGAACAACACCGGCCUGUCACUGGUACAAGGCAGGACCGCCGUGGUCCUCUCGACCACCCAGCUGGCAGCUCAGACCAACGGUCGCAGCCAGGCCAACAUCACCUACACCGUCACCACACACCCUCGCCACGGGCGCAUCGUUAUAAACGACCAGGAGGUCGCAACCUUCUGCCACGAGGACCUGCAGUUUGGCCGCGUGGUCUACCACAUGACGGAUCUCAGCGAGUCAGAGGACAUGUUCCAAAUCUCCGUGUCGGCCUCGUCGCCUGGUGUGGACUAUGGGAACGUAACGGCACAGACAGUGGAGGUAACGGUGCGGCCGUUGGUCUACCUGAGGGAGCCGGUGCGGGUACCCAGUGGUAUUGCUGUGAAGCUGGGGAAAGCCAUGAUCGACGCGUCCGAGCUGGCGAGAAUCAGCCGAGCUGACCCAGUCUUUGAGGUUCUGUCUCCACCGAAACAUGGAAAACUAGUCAAGAUGACGUAUGACCCAAACCGAGCAUCAGAAGUCCUGAAGUCGUUCACGUUUAGAGAUGUGGUGCAAGGACGAGUCGCCAUCGAGGAGUCGCUCAGCGACGGUGACAACCAGCUCCACGGCAACAAAACGGAGCUCACGACGGCUCGAGGCCACACCCCCGCCAGACCUCUCAAUGACUCCUUCAUCUUCCUAGUGAAGGCUGGAACCGUGCAGCCGGCGAAGGGCGAGCUUCACUUCACCAUCUUUCCCCACCACCAGAUGCGUCACGGUGCGAGUGGUUUGAGCAAAGAAGACGGCGCGAGUCACAAACACGCCACGACCCGUCUGCCGACACAUAACAAGACAACGUCCGGAGGCGGGAGAGUGAGUGGACGAGGGGGAUCCACGACCCAGAGCGGCGCUGAGGUGGGUUUGCAUCCGCACAUUUUGUCACAUAAAAACCACAACAGGACACAGCACAGGUCGAGGCCUCAUAGCCGAUGGGGGAACCAUACGCGCGGCGGAAGCCACGGAGGGAGAUCGGCGAGUCCCGCAGAGGGAGCUGGAGGUCACGCUCAACAACCCCACUCUCCUCCAGACAAACAUGGCCCGAUGAUCCAUCCUGACAACCACCCGGUUCACUUCGAGGUCGUCCCUCGUCCGGCCUCUGACCCGCUCCUCAUCAUCCUGCCUCUGCUGGCCUGUUUGUUCCUCAUCAUUAUUCUCGUGGUUUUGAUUCUCGUGUUCCGCCACCGAAAGGAGAAACAGGCCCGGCUGCGGCUCAUCCAGGAGCUGGCUGCGUUAGCGUUACCCCCUGAGGACAGUCCUUAUCUAGGCCGGCCAGAGCGGAGCAUGGCGAUGCCAUCUGUGGUGGUGACCCCACUCGGCCCGGCAAGCUGCCCCGCCUCACCGAAGAUACAACUAAUGCCUAAGAGGAGGAGGCAGAGUCUGGCCCCUGGAAUGACCUUCUGGGGGCCGAUUGACGCUGAUGGAAGAGGAGGCCAUGGGAAUAUUCGAGUUGGUGCUAGUAACGAACGAGAUAAUGCGAUUUGUCGUAAUGUACCCCCAGCUGUUACUGCAGGCUUCAAGACCUCGGUGAGAGCCAGGUCCCCGACUCUUAAACACAACCAGUACUGGGUUUAAUAAAGGUGCGAUUCCAAGGAAAACUGUGCCUUAGAGGUGUAUGUUUGGUGGUAAAUGGCUUAUGACGAGUCUCCCGGAGACAUUUGUGGUCAUCUGAUCUGCUAUGAACAGAAACAAUCUGCAUCCUGAUGAAGAAAUCAUACUAUUUCAGUUACUGUAGUAGUAUUUUAUAUGGAUUAAAUUACCCAGCUGUAUAGGAAGCAAACAAAAUGUCUCCUUAGGCUGCUAUUUUCAAAAAAAAUGUCCUUUUAAAUAGUAUUUUUCUGUUGUUAGUGCAGACAACCAUCAUUAUUACCUUUAUGAAACAUUUUACUGUACUGAUCCCUGAAAACACUGGUUAGAUAUUAUCUAUAUAGAUAAUAUUAUUUAUUUGGAACCGAAACAAAGGUGCAAAACAUAGACUUAAGUAGCUGAAUUUCACGUUUGUGCUC